CUUUUUCAAGAAACCGUUAAGUUUUAGGGUUUAGGAUCAAAAUGAUCACAUUUUGCAUACAUUAAGGACUAUAUCAAUUACGGUUAUAUAUCAAGGACCAUGAUUAUCUAACGCCCAUACAUUAAGGACCAUUUUGACCAUUUCCUCGAGAACUUGAUAACUAAUAUCUCCAAAUAUUGGUGUGGUUUCUGUUUCCGUUUAUAAGUUGUUAAUGUAGAGAUAAGUUGAUGAUUUGGAACUUGCUAAUUUCAUUUUCUUGUGGAGUUUUAUGCAGGAGGAAUAUCUUCGGUUUUCUGCUGGGAUAUACCAAACCACUAGAUACCAUUGAAACUGCAUCAUUUGAUUGGGAGAAAUCUUCUUAUUUUUCUCCUGCAAUUUGAAGGAAUGUCAAAAGUCAGAGACAGAACGGAAGAUUUUAAAGAUGUUGCACAUCGAUCAGCGUUGUCUUUGGGAUAUGAUGAGUCUAAAACAGCUGCCCUAUUGGCAUCUUUUAUCAUGCAUAAACCUCGGCAAAGGUCAGGAUUCACCAGAGCUGCGCUUAAAACGCUGGAGAACAUUGGGACUCUAGAGCAAUUUUUGAUGAAACAUAAAAAGGAUUAUGUUGAUUUGCACCGUACAACUGAACAAGAGAGGGAUAGCAUUGAGCAUGAAGUAAGAUUAGAUACUUUGAUAUCUGUUUUCUUUCUUCCUUUUCCGUACCUUUUUUUUUUUUUUUUUUUUUUUGGUAUGGAUUUCAGAACAGGAUGGUUAGCUACACUAUCUUCUUCUUGCUUCUAUUUUGAUGUCGAUAGAUACAUUUUAUUAUUGCUGUGUGAUGCUCUGUCAUCAAAUAUAUGUUGA